AUGUCAACUUGUCCUUUUGUGUUUUUAUUUACAGAAGAUGGAAAUUGUCAUAAAUGCAGUGGCAGCUAUGGACUCCUGCCGCCGUACUUAUCUGAGCUGAGGCUGGUUCUUCUGGGGAACAGCAGGACGCUGAAGAACUCAGUGGGAAACCUCCUUUUGGGAAACAAGGAGUAUGAUCUGUCCACUCAACAUGAUAAAUGUGUAAAAUUCAGUGGAACAUUCCAGGACAAACCAUUGACUGUGAUCCACACUCCAGACCAGCUGCUCUCCACCACCUCACAACAACAACUCCAACAGAUUAUACGAGACAUCAAAGAUCUGAGCGCCCCUGGUCCUCAUGUGUCCCUGCUGGUUCUACAGCCUGAAGACUUCACUGAGCAGCACAAAAGCAGACUACAGUCAGUCCUGGAGAGCCUCAGUGAGCAGGUCUUCCAACAUUCACUGGUGCUGAUGUCCAGGCCACAAGCAGAGACACCAGGGUCCAUGGAGAAAUACAUGAGGCAGACACAUAUAAGGGACAUGAUCAUCAGAUGUAGAUACAGAUGUAUGUGGAUGCAUCACUCUGAUCUAUAUCAGCAUGAUCUGAAACAAUUUAAACGUAAAGAGCUGUUCUCAAGAAUCUGUGACAUGUUGAAGGAGAACAGUGGAGAUCAUCUGAGUCCUGACGCUUUUGAAGAAGAAGACUCAGGUCUGACUUUGGCCUUUGGUACAAAAGAGAAACCCUCUCUGAACCUGGUUCUUUUUGGGAGGAGUGGAGCAGGGAAGGCGUCAGCAGCUGAGUCCAUUUUAGGGCGAGCAGAGCUCCCUGCAGCGAGCAGCCCAGGGCAGUGUGUUAAACAUGAGGGAGAGGUGUGUGGGCGUCGGGUGUCUCUGGUGGAGCUGCCAGCUCUGUCUGGAAAACCUCUGGAGGCAGUGAUGCAGCAGUGCCUCCGCUGCAUCUCCCUCUGUGCUCCUGAGGGCGUCCACGCCUUCAUCCUGGUUCUACUGCAGGGUCCCCUCACCGACGAAGAUAAGGCCGAGCUAAAGACCAUCCAGGACACACUCAGCUCACGAGUCCUUCUCUUCACUAUGAUUCUGGUCACUGUGGACUCAGAGCCCACUGCUUCAGCUGAGCUUCAGUUUGACAAAAGAGACACAGACAUCCAGGAGCUGUGUCAGAUCUGUGGAGGAGGAUAUCUUAGAUUCAACCUCAGGGACCAGCAGCAGGUCUCUGAGCUGCUGGAGUCUGUAGAGAGUUUAAAGGCCAAGAAUGAAGCUCACAACUUCACCACAGAGACACUGGUACAAGGUCAGAGAGAGAAGAUCUCUGCUCUGCAGAAAGAACUACAGGACACAAAGACCAAAGAACCAAACAGAAGUGAUCAGAGUCCUGACUGUCUGAGGAUCGCACUGAUCGGAAAAACUGGCACAGGAAAGAGCUCUUCAGGAAACACCAUCCUCGGGAGAGAGAAGUUUGAGGCAAAACCAAGUCAUAUGUCAGUGACCACAGUUUGCCAAAAAGCUGAGGCUGUGAUAGAUGGACACCAUGUUUCUGUGGUGGACACUCCAGGUCUGUUUGACUCCAGUUUGUCCCAUGAUGAGGAAAGACUGAGGUGUGUGAGUCUGCUGGCCCCAGGGCCACACGUCUUUCUGUUGGUGAUACAGAUCAGAUUAUUCACAGAAGAGGAGAAAAAGACUAUAGAACUUAUUAAAAAGGGGUUUGGGAAAGAGGCUGAAAAGCACACCAUCAUUCACUUUACAUAUGGGGAUAAUCUGACAGGUUCCAUUGAAGAGUUUAUAGAAAAUGAUUGUGAUGAUAUAGUUCACAUUGAGUUCAUCUCUCAAUGUGGAAACAGGUACCAUGUGUUUGACAACAGGAAAAAGAACGAUCGCACUCAGGUGAGAGAACUGAUGAAGAAGAUAGACAACAUGAUGAAGGAGAACGGAGGAGGCUGCUACACCAACGACAUGUUACUACAGGCAGAGAUAGACAUUAAGAAAGACAUCAAGAGAAUUAUGGAGGCGGGACAAGAUAAGAUCAGGAGAGAGAGGGAUGCUUUGGAAAGACGAUCAGAAAGAGACAAGAAGAAAAUGGAUAAACUCCAAAAACAAUAUGAACAAGCACAAACCAAAAUUAAGACACUGGAGGAAAAGAUGUCCAUGUUAACAAGUAAAUAA